AUGGCAUCCAACGCUCAGACCGCACAACCAUCUGGGCUCUCACAUUCAUUUAAGCACGCCUCAUCACCGGCCAAUACGAUCUCGACUACCCAGGCAAACAAUGCCACCCGCACAGUGUCGCCUUCUUCAGCCUCCGGCAGCGGGGAAACGUCAAGCAGGAAGAUGAAGAGGACCGGAGCAGCGAAACCGCUCAUGAGACCGAGUCUUUACGGAGGACAGGCACCACCUUGGGCGACUUCCUUGCUAGGCGGAAAGUCAUUUACGGCACCUGCUCCAUCGCCUCCCACCCCUGCUCAAGCUUCUGCUCCUCUUCAAGCUCAAGCUCUACCUCAGGCCCAGGCUGAGAGCAAAAUCGACACACCAGAGCUGGAGUUCGCUCAACCAAGUUCGAGUGCUGAAGAUUCCGACGACAGCGGCGGCACGGAGUCAGGUAGCCCGGAACCAGCUCGCAUUGUGAGCGACAUUGCUCAGCCCGACCCUGAAGACCCAUUAGCAGUCAAGCUCGAAGCAGUACUUUCGGAAGGUGGUUCAGAUUCCGACAUGGCGCGCGAGAAGAAGAGCCUUGCGCAGCAUGCCAAAAUCCAGGCUCUGCAAGAUUCGUGGGCCUCGAGUAACGCAUCUGGAGGUCAAUCGGGUUCUGCUGGACAGUCGGCGAAUGCAAAGGACUGGCUUGGUGGUGGUGGAUCUGCAUCCGAAGCAUCGUUCAAGAGAAAGCAUGCUCUAACUGAGAACUUGGCUGGGGGUGAUGCCAAGCGGCAGGCAACAGACAUCGACAUUCGUGGCGCAUCAACCAGGUACUUAUCUGAAGAAGGAACAAAUCCAGCUGCCACGGAGCAGGACUUACUGAACGUCCUCGGGCUCGGACAACCCGGUUCCAGGCCAGACAUCCUGAAAAGCACCGAAGACGCCUCAUCGCCGGCAGGGGCAACGCAUCAAGCUCAAGUCAUUGAAUCCUCGGACGAGGAUAUGGACUACGAGGACCAAGCAGAUGCUGAUCAUGUAACGGACGAAGACGAAGACGAAGGCGGAGAGACUGAAGGAGACCUGGAGAUCAACACUACAGGCACGCCAUCCACAAAAGCCGCCCUCCCGCCAUCUCAAGGCACUGAUCAAGAGUUCACGUUCACGAAAAACCCUCAUCCUCGCGGCUAUUUGCAAUGGAGAACGCCCCAGGGCAUAGAAUCUACCUGUGGCGCUAUCAUACCUACGAAUUACAAAUUUCACUCUGACCCAAAAAACCCAUACAUCUGUCCGGUGCGCAACUGUCGCGUCAUUUUUCCAAAGUGGAAUGGGCUUGGAGCGCACUUCUGCGCAAAGCAUCGUAGCUCAAAGUUCAACGACAACCUCGACGGGACCCUGUCAUUCGUGGACUACUACAAGAGGGUAGGCACCAAGUACGCGGCCCCCAUCGUGGUCUCCCAGAAUCCCCUCCGGGGCGACGAGCCUCCCUUGGCGGAGCCAGUGACUGCAGGCUAUAAGCCGGUGUCGGCCCCGGCCGGAGCUCCUAACCCAGUCCCGUGGGGCCCGACUCCGAAGCCUUUGAAUCCAGCUCCGGCCCGGGCCACCCCCAAGUCAUACUUGAAGAAUGAUAUGACGGUUAUCAAGCAAUCUUUAGUGGCCCCUCCUCCGAGCCAAAGCGUUCCCGCCUCAGAUGGCUCGCUUCUCACCUACCUGUCCGGCCACCUUUCUCCCGCUUACAAGAUACCGGUAGAAAGGCCGGACGUGAAGGCGCUACUGAAACUCCCUCGGCGGCGCCCACUACCUCAGACAUGGAAGUUGAAGUACACUGGGAUUGGACACCUGGCGCCCCUCGCAACAGUUGCGCUUCUGAUAUUUCUCACUGGCGAUAUUGCGACACCAUGUUGCCACGUGUGCUACAAGCACAACGAUCCCUUCGAGAACUUUCUCCAGCCCUGUGUCGUCAUGUCCGCCACAGCUCCUGGAUUCUUGAAGGAGAUUGGAAAUAAGGCCUGCUCGGGAUGCCAGUGGCGGUCUAACUUCCGCAGAGAAAGAAAUAAUUGCUCCUUCUUGUCCUCAGGCCAAGGAGUGCCAAGCCCACAAGUGACCCCGAUAGCACCCCCUACACGAUCUGCGGUUGCAACUCGCUCCGCAUCUGCGACAACCGCAGCUGAUGCAUAUGCCUUGCCAUAUCCUCCAGCAUCUCAACCACCUCCCAAAACCUCAACCCCGGUGUCUGCCGCUUCUCUGCCGCCGUCAACACAGCCGGCGCCGAGCACUCACAAAGUCAAUAGCCACCCACCCCUUAGCCCACCGAGACGGACCACAAGGUACUCGGCGGCCAACGCAAAGCUUCCUGUUGAUUCUGCAGCAUCUACGCCCGCCGGACAUGCCUCUUCGCUCAGCGGCAAUAUCAUGCCACCAAACACUCUGGAAAUGGAAGACUGGGAGGUUGCCCCAGGGCGGAUUCGUGAUGAACGCAGCGAAUCCCCCACAAAUGUAGCCUUUUCCAACUCCUAUCUCACGAGCAACCAAGCUGUGACUGUCUCUGAGGAGAUAUCCUUCAACGUCAUCGUCAUCAAGCCCGGAGAGUCACAUGAAUGGGCUGCCGAAUCAGAGAAAGUUCGAAUCUGCUCCUUGGCCGCGGGUAAACUUAAGGUGAAACUUGAGAAUACGGAACCAUUUUCUAUGGGCCCGAACGGAAUGUUCAAGAUGAAGCCCGGUACAGGAUGUACUGUUUUGAACCGGCUAUAUAUCGACGCGGUGGUGCAUGUCACCACUGUUUCGUCCUUUUAG